CACAAUGCGUAUGCACUCCGCAGCAUUUAGAAAUCAGAAGAAUCGCUAGGGUUCCGGCCACUUCGAAAAGUAAGCACUGGCAGAAGUGCUACUAGUACUUAUGUGCCAGGCUCAAUUGCCGUGAUGUUUGGUUCUAAAGGUCUCGACAAACAACGUUGGCCACUUCUCGAUCAUCGUCUACAAAGCUAACGGAUUUUUCAUUUUUUGGAUUUCCGUUUUAGUUUGAUGUCAUUCCGCCCCACGCUUCCUUUAUACAAGAAGUCGAGUACAGCAUGGCUAGCACGACAAUCUCGUGACCCUUUUGUCAAAGCGCGCCUCUCCUCACCAUCAUCCUACCGUUCACGCGCUGCCUACAAGCUCAUCGAGCUUAAUACCAAGUGGGGGCGCUUCCUCUCACGUGCUAGCACGCGCAGUGUCGUGGACCUUGGUGCCGCUCCGGGUGGUUGGAGCCAAGUUGUCGCAGAAAAUUUCGGGUGGACCCUUGAGGCGGCAGACGAUGCGGAAGACUUUGGAUUAUGCGAAGAGGCGAAGGUGCAGAAACGCGGUUCCUGGAGCACAGAACCCAUGAACGAGACUACCAGGCGAGGAAAAAUCGUUGCACUGGAUCUGCUACCAAUUAGGCCAAUACCAGGUGUGCAGACGCUACAAAUGGACUUUCUAGCUCCGGGUUCGGCGCGUGUUGUAAAGGAUGCGCUGAAGAGUUCACGGAAUCCUGAGGGUGCAGCGGAUGUCGUGCUAAGCGACAUGGCUGCGAAUUUUUCGGGAAGCAAAAUUCGAGACUCGCAAAUGAGUUUGGAUAUCUGUCAUGCAGUUUUUGAUUUUGCAAAAGGCGCAUUAACUGUUAGGACAGUGGAUGAACGAGGGAAGGCAUCCAUCGGCGGGAUACUACUGUUGAAGCAUUUCUCUCAUCCAUUAUUGCAAGAGUUCAGAAAGGAAUAUCUAGAACCUAACUUUCACCUUGUACAUUAUAUUAAGCCGGAGUCAAGCCGCGCUGGCUCUGCAGAAGGUUACUGGCUGUGUCGCGGCUGGCUGGGUAGGACUUGAUCAAUAUCCUUGGGCAGACAGACCGUUUUCGACACUAAUAUUCAUCGGUCGCUUCAUCACAAGUCAAGUACAUGGCGCAUAUCUAUAUAACAAGCAGAUUGUAAAGGUACCGCAAGUCUGUUCAGCCUGUGGGGCCGAAAUCUAACACUGUCAACUCUCCUCGAUUCACACCUCCCCCCAGACUACAGUUCCCCAUCGCAGGACUGGCUCCACAGUCAACUGACAUUUUUCGACAACCCACAUCUAGACUGAUAAGCUAUAC